UCGAGACAAUUGACAUCGAAGUGGACAAAGAAAUGUUUGACGUGAAUGUCUUCGGACUCAUAAAUCUGACACGAAUUGUAUUGAGAUAUUUUCUCGACAAUCACAUGAAAGGACAUUUUGCGGUCACUUCGAGUACUGCUGGAAAAUUAGGUGUUCCCAACUCUGGCUCUUAUACGGCAUCCAAACACGCUCUACACGGUUACUACGAGUGUCUUCGAGUGGAGGCCCAGUCGAGAGGAAUAUCGAUCACAAUGCUAUGUCCCGGACCCGUCUUCUCACGCGUUCUCGAGAACGCGAUGUCAAACAAAUUGGACUCAAGUCAUGAAGUGGUCACUCAUAGUAAAGAUAAUAAACGAUUGGCCACUUCUCGAUGCGCUCAUCUCAUGGCUACAGCCAUUGCCAACACAUUGGAUGAGCGUUCAACACUUGGUUUGUCCAUCACUUCCCGGGAACCGAUUGCCCGACCAAAUGACUCGACAGAUGUGCUCCAACGGGUGGAUCAACUGUUUGGCGGUGUAUUGUGUGGUACUGGCGGUGACACUAACGCCGACCCAAUGUCUGAGAUUUCAUUUACAGCCAAACACUAA